CCGAGGGACGGAAGGAUGUACGCAUGCGCUGACAUCGGUAUUGGACGAGAUUGUGGGAGGGGCAAUAUGACUUCUUGGAAGGUCCCCCCAGCGGGCUGUGUUCGGCAUCAAACCUGUUUAAUUGGCGUUGGCUGCUCGUUUGGACAACACGCAUCCCUCCGAAGAACCCGAUCAUGAGAUGGAAACUUCUGCUGAUCAUCGCAUUUUUCUGCUGGAUGAUCAAAACAAGUUUUUGUGAACGAAGGCUACGGAUAGAAUCUUCCCCCACAAAAAUAACACUGAGCGGACAACUCAUGGAAAGAAUGCAGCAUUCGAAUUUUAAUCUAGGGGAUAAGGCGGACAAAGCUGUAUCGCCGAUUACAACAAAAGAAAUACUGUUAUUCCUCGCUAAGAUGUCUCCAGCAAAUCGGCUCUACAUGGUCUACGAUAACACAUACCCGGAUAUGGAUACCAGGCUGAAAUUACUCUCCGAAGACAGCCACGAAAUAACCCUGGUCAAACUCGUUUCCGGACACGACCUACUUUUCGCCAUCAUCUCUUCUCCUGCGGCCGACACUUCCACUGAUAGAAGGCACAUCGUUGUAUUUUGCUCUCUGGACAACAUCAUUCAGAUAUUUAAGCUGGUGGCAUCGCGGAAUCUGGAGAGUCGGUCCUUUUGGUGGAUCGUGGUGGCGAUAUCGAGGGAGGUAGUGAGUCUGCUGGAGACGGUCCUGAGAGAGGGAUCACAGGUGGUCGUAAUUGAGUUUGAGAAAACCAAUCUAUUCAAACUCUUUUCAACGAGGAUGAGGAUCGAUGGGACAGUUUGGCUGAAAGAUAUCGGAACGUGGGAGAAAACCUCCAACGGUUACAAUUCUCGUCUGUCUUCUGAAGUGUUCACUGAUCUCGAUAGAUUUUAUUCUAACUUCGAAGGCCGUCGGCUGACAAUAACGGCGAUGGAUAACAAUCCUUACAUUGUGCUGCAACAGCAAGCCGACGGUGAACUCACGGCUGUUGCUGGGUUCGAAUAUACAAUGAUGAAGUCCCUCGGCGAAGCUCUUAACUUCACGUACCGUAUGAUGACGCCAGAUGACAGGAAAUGGGGUGGCCCUACAGCAAAUGGUUCAGUUGUGGGAAUGAUUGGCAAUAUUUAUAACAGGCUCGCUCACUUUGCCGUUAGCGAAAUAACCAUUACAGGUGUUCGGGAGACUGUAAUUGACUUUACCUACCCACAUUACAUCGAAACCCUGACCCUGUUGUCCAGAGCUCCGAAGGAAAAGAACAGAACGUUUGCAAUUUUGUCUCCUUUCUCAUUAUUGGUCUGGAUGUACAUAAUUAUUUCGAUUCUGACAGUUGGGGUUCUUCUAACUGUGGAGACUUGGAUAAUGGGGAAAUAUUUGCCAGAGAAACCCAAAGACCACCGCAUAAACGAUUCCAUCUUCAGUAUUUUCAGGAGUAUUCUGAUGCAAGACAGCCUCAUCGAAACCAAUUAUUUACCCCACCAAUUCUUACUGCUCUUCUGGUAUCUCUUCUGCCUCAACAUAUCAGCUCUGUAUUCUGGCAUAUUGAUUGCAACGCUGAUUAAGCCGUCAUUUGAAAAGCCGAUUGACGGCCUCACUGACCUCCCGGCUGCGACAAAGGAUGGAUUCACUCUUGUAAUUACAAGGGGCACAAGCAUGGAAUAUCUCUUCAGGAGUGCUACAGAGGGUAUAUAUGCUGAAACUUUUAAAUUAUUCAACCACAGAGACGAAUCGAAAAGCUUCAUAAGGCAUUCUAAAGAUGUUAUGCACAAGAUUUCUACUGACAAACUCGUACUCAUCAAUGGACACUUGAGCUUGCGGUAUCUUGCCAUGGAAGAAGGAAUACGGAGAUUUUACUUUGCUCGUAACACUUUUGCACCACAAUACUAUGGAGUUGCUUGCAUCUCUGGGGCACCUUACCUACCAAAAGUCAACAAGUUGCUAUCGUACAUGCUCGAAGGUGGUUUGAUAACUAAAUGGAGAGAUGAAGAGUUUCAGAAGGUAGCUGGAAGUAAUAUCGAUACAGAAUCUACAGGACCUAGAGCCUUUUCCAUCAGACAAUUGCAAGCAGCAUUUUACAUUCUCCUAAUUGGAAUAUUGGCAGCAGUAGCAGCUUUAGCCGGUGAACAACUAUCGGUUUACUUCCUUGGCAUAUAACAACCGAAGGGUCAUUAAGAGGCUGUGAAGAGAUGAAAAAAAAAAUCUAAAGUUAUAGAAAAAUGAUGUUCAUAAUAUUUACAUGGGAAUAAGAAGUGCUGUAAUAGUUCCACUUCAUUGCAUAAUAAUUCAUUGCAAGUAUAGAAUUGUGAUACACCAACAGUAUAGAACCAGUGGACAUCAUCAAAUAUUGUGUAAAGUGUUACACUAAAGAGGCAGCAUAUUGAUUACAGAUUUUUAGAUAGCACUUUUUUUUUUAUUACUGAAACAUAUCUUUUGGCAAACUAUCAUGUAACAGAAUUCUUACACCAGCAAGAUAUCUUGCAGAUAUGAAUAAUAAAUAUUAAAGUAUCCACCUACAGCUGCAGCAAAUUACUGAUUAUUUUCCAUUACAAGUCAUUUUAUCCAAUUGAACAUCUUAUAUGCUGGAUCUCUCUCAUUAAUGCACACAUAA